AUGAAGAAUAAAAUAAAAAAAUCCAAAAAUUCUAAAAAAAAUCUUAAAAAUAAAAAUGCACCCAAGCCUAUAGAAUGUAAUGAGAGUGAUAAUGAUCUCGAAUGUGAUGAAUCUGUUUAUGAAAUAUUACAUAAUUUUACUUUGGCUUCAUCAUGUCUAAGUUUUAACAUCAUCCCUGAUAAUUUGGGAAAUAACAGAGCAUUAUACCCAUUAACUGGAUAUAUAGUGGCUGGAACUCAGGGGCCCCAUUUUCGCAAAAACUCUUUAAUAGUAUUAAAGAUGGAAAAUUUAUGCAAGACUCAAAAAUCUUCAGAAAAUUUGGAUAAUGAAACUAGCGAUAGUGAAACAGAGGAGGAGACAAUAAUUAAAACACCUAAAUUUGAAUCAUCAUCUAUACAUCAUGAAGGGGGUGUUAAUCGUUUAAAGUUAAUGCAAAUAAAUGAAAAACUUAUAGUGGCAACUUGGUCAGAGUCAAAAAAGGUACAUUUAUGGAAUAUAAAUCAAGCCUUAUUAGCUGUUAAUGAUUCUCGAUAUAUGCAUAAAUACAAAAAUAUUGAUAAUUCAGAAUAUGCUACAAAGCCCAUAUUUACAUUUGGUGGUCAUAUGGAGGAAGGUUUUGCUCUUGAUUGGUCCCCUGUUAAAAUUGGCAGAUUAGCUACAGGUGAUAACAAGUCGAACAUUCAUCUAUGGAACAUGAGGGACGAUUCUACCUGGCACGUCGAUCAGAUUCCUUAUAUAUCUCACAAACUCUCAGUCGAAGAUAUCCAAUGGUCACCAAGUGAGGCUGAUGUAUUCGCUUCCUGCUCCGUCGACAGAACCAUAAAAAUAUGGGACUGCAGGGCGGCUCACGACAAGGCCUGCAUGCUCACCGCUACCGAGGCCCACGACUCCGAUAUUAACGUCAUAAGCUGGAACAAACUCGAACAGUUUUUCUUAGUGUCAGGUGCCGACGACGGAACCAUAAAAAUAUGGGAUCUCAGGGAGUUUAAGGAGAACAAGCCCAUGGCCGUCUUCAAGUAUCAUUCCGGCCCCAUUACCUCCGUCGAAUGGAAACCGGACGAAAGCUCCGUAUUCGCGGCUGCCUCCGGCGAUGAUAAACUUACCGUUUGGGACCUUUCUCUCGAAAAAGACGAGAUUCAAGAUCCCAAGACAGAACAUUCGGCCAAUGGUGACCAAGGUGAACCAUCAACCAAUCCCGAAAUCGAAGAACUAAAAGCGAUUGAAGCAGAAGUUCCACCUUACCUGCUAUUUGUUCAUCAGGGGCAAAAUGAGAUUAAAGAAUUGCAUUGGCAUCCUCAAAUUCCUGGUCUUAUAAUAGACACAUCAUUUACCGGCAUCAACAUAUUUAAGACUAUCAAUGUUUGAUGGAUUAUUUUUUUUCUCAGCCUAUCGUUAAUGACGGAAAUGUUUAAAAAUAUGCUCAAUUGAUUAUUGUAAAUAUAAACC